CAUUUACUCACGCCAGGGCUCUUCAUAUUUCAUCUGGAGGAGCGCAUGGAUCCGGGCUCAGGCACACUGUCCGUCGCUGUCCUGGAUGCUGGGCGGACUGACACAGGAGGCUGUAGCUGCCGCAUCCCUCAUUUCGAGCACAUCCCAUCACUCCUGAUAUCCGCGGCUGUGACAGCUUGAACGGAGCCGACAGAGGACCAGCACGAGGAGCUGUGGUUUCGUGUCCAGCACCGGGGAAGACAGUGCGGCGGCGGGGAGGAGAUGGAGCGGUGGAAAGGCAGAGUGGCCCUGGUGACCGGAGCCUCGGUGGGCAUUGGAGCGGCUGUUGCCCGGGCGCUGGUCCAGCAAGGCAUGCGGGUGGUCGGCUGCGCCAGGAAUGUCGACAAAAUAGAGAAGCUGGCAGCAGAAUGUCAGAGUGCAGCCUACAGCGGCACGCUGAUCCCUUACAAGUGUGACCUGUCCAACGAGGAGGAGAUCCUGUCCAUGUUUUCAGCCAUCAAGACGCUACACAAGGGCGUGGACGUGUGCAUCAACAACGCCGGACUGGCCCACAGUGAGCCCCUGCUCAGCGGAAAGACUGAGGGCUGGAGGAACAUGAUUGACGUGAACGUCUUGGCCUUGUCUAUCUGCACCCGGGAGGCAUACAAAUCGAUGAAGGAGAGGAAUGUGGACGAUGGCCACAUCAUCAAUAUUAACAGUAUGAGUGGGCACCGAGUGGUGCAGAGUGCCGAUACGCAUUUCUACUGUGCCACUAAAUACGCGGUGACCGCUUUGACUGAGGGGAUACGGCAAGAGCUCCGAGAAGCAAACACCCGCAUCAGAGCCACGUGUAUAUCUCCUGGAAUAGUUGAGACCGAGUUUGCCUUCCGGCACCACAACAGUGAUCCAGAGAAAGCAGCUGCAGUGUAUGAGAGUAUGAAAUGUUUGAAAGCAGAAGACAUAGCCAGUGCAGUCACAUUUGUUCUCAGUGCCCCUCCUCAUGUCCAGAUUGGAGACGUGCAGAUGAGGCCAGUAGAGCAGGUGUCAUAGCAGUGGAGCAGGAAGCUGGAGGAGGAGCAGACAAGACGGCAGCCAUGGCGGACUCCAUAGCGACCUCUGCUGGGCAAGGGGGGGG